UUUGAGAAACAAGCAUGGCGUUUAUCAUUUAUCGAGUUUUGUAAUUGAAAAGAAAGUUUCUUGAUUAUUUUGAUUUUUGCUUCAAUUUUAACAAAUUUUAAUUUUCGAAACUUGAUGUCGUUGAUAUUUAGAAAUCAUUUGAGGUUAAAUGUAAAAUCACUUUUUCGAACAAUGGUCAAUUCGGGUGAAGAGAAACCGAUGGAGAAUGCAAUUAGAAAAAAAUUAGAAGAGGCAUUGAGUCCAAAACAUAUGGAAAUUUUAAAUGAAUCUUACAUGCAUAAUGUACCAAAAGGAUCGGAAACUCAUUUUAAAGUAUUAAUUGUCUCCGAUAAAUUCAGUGAUCAAACAUUAAUUAAGCGUCAUAGAACGGUAAACGAUAUUUUAAAAGAGGAACUUGCGAGUGGAGUUCACGCAUUAUCAAUCGUGGCAAAAACUCCUGAUCAAUGGGAAAACAGUGCGAAGACAAUUUCGCCUAGUCCACAAUGUAGAGGCGGUUUUGGAAAAUAGAAUUUAAUGCAGACAAUGAAAUAAUGUAAAUACUUCUAAAUUUACAUUUCUCGUAAAUUAUUAAUACAAUCUUUAUAUUUUGAUCAAA